AUGGGGCUAUCACGAGCAAUGCAACGUACUUGCCUGCUGGUUAUAACUACGUGCUUUUUUGGUGUCACAAGGAUCAAAUGUGACGGACAUAUACCAGCGGAAGAUGAUCCUCAGUACUCAGCGUUCCAGCAUUCAGAAAAGUUGUUUAGCGGAACUGAGACAUAUUACAUGAAAUACCGCACCUAUCUAAAGGAAAGCCCAUUCAAAUGCCUAUCGUCGACACUACAGUGCACCUAUGGUAAUGGUACAUACUUAAGUCAGUUUGGCGCACGGCUUCCAAAUGGAACAAGAAUAACAUUCAACUUACCGGUCACUUCAACCACGACCCCUGGGCAUAAUGCUUCGAAUGCUAUGCUGCACAAAACGUCUCCAAGGGAUAAAAACGAUACUUUAUUUAUUUUGAUGUAUCUCGAUCCCAAUAGAACAUGCUGUGUGCUUCGCGUGCCCUCACAGCAGAAUGGGUGUUCACUCUUUGUGCAAGAAAGAAUCGCAGAUGGAGAAGUGCCAACCGUUUGUGCAGAAAUAUAUAGAAAUAACUGCCCCAACAUCACAAAUAUUCUUUAUGAGCCAAGCUGUCAAACAAAACACGAGAAUCGACGCGACCGGAACGACCAGAGUGCAGGAAGAACGUCUACAAUUCUGUAG